AUGCUGCAGGAGCAGGCUCGCCGACAGGAGGAGCAGGCUCGCCGACAGGAGGAGAGGGUGGAGGGUCGCCGACAGGAUGAUGACGACGAUGAUGAUGACGACGAUGAUGAUGACGACGAUGAUGAUGACGAUGAUAAUGAUGACGACGAUGAUUAUGACGAUGACGAUGACGAUGACAAUGACGAUGAUGAGUACGAUGGCGGUGAUGAUGAUGAUGACGACGAUGACGAUGACGAUGAUGAGUACGAUGACGGUGACGAUGAUGAUGAUGACGACGAUGAUUAUGACGAUGUCGAUGACGAUGACAUUGACGAUGAUGAGUACGAUGACGAUGAUGAUGACGACGAUGAUGAUGACGACGAUGAUGAUGACGAUGUCGAUGAUGAUGACGAUGACGAUGUCAAAGACGAUGACGAUGACGAUGACGAUGUCAAUGACGAUGACGAUGACGAUGCCGAUGAUGAGUACGACGACGGUGACGAUUAUGAUGAUGAUGACGAUUAUUAUGCCAAUUACGAUAACGACGAUGAUGACGAUACUGAUGACGAUGAUGACGAUGACGAUGAUGAUGAUUACUGUUCGCGCCCGAUAGUGGAUUGUCUUUUCUCGAGAGCGGUGGAGAGAGGUUGGCGGGGCGAGGGGACUUAG